CCACGUGUAAACAUGCAAAGCCUCACGCUCAACUGAGAGUCUGGGAAUGGGGGAGUUCAAGGGCUCUGUAUUACGUAAUAUGAUUAUGUAUCCCUUCCCAUGGGCUCACCACCUGUGGGAGGGGCCAUCAGGGUCCUUGGCGAUCUGAUCUCCGGCUACAGAAGCUGGCUCUAGGGACGUGGAAUGUCACAUCUCUAGCAGGGAAGGAGCCCGAGCUAGUGUGUGAGGUCGAGAAGUUCCGACAAGAUAGAGUCGGACUCGCCUCCACACACAGCUUGGGCUCUGGUACCAGUCCUCUCGAGAGGGGUUGGACUCAAUGGGGUGGGACUUCAAUGCUCACGUGGGGAAUGACAGUGAGACCUGGAAGGGCGUGAUUGGGAGGAACGGGCCCCCGAUCAGAACCCGAGCGGUGUUCUGUUAUUGGACUUCUGUGCUCAUCACGGAUUGUCCAUAACGAACACCAUGUUCAAGCAUAAGGGUGUCCACACGUGCACUUGCCACCGGGACAUCCUAGGUCGCAGUUCGAUGAUCGACUUUCUGGUCGUGUCAUCGGACUUGCGGCCGCAUGUCUUGGACACUCGGGUGAAGAGAGGGGCGGAGCUGUCAACUGAUCACCACCUGGUGGUGAGUUGGCGCCGAUGGUGUGGGAAGAUGCCGGUCCGACUUGGCAGGCCCAAACGUAUAGUGGAGGUCUGCUGGGAAUCCCCUGUCAGAAGGAGUUUCAACUACCACCACCGACAGAACUUUGCUCAUGUUCUGGGGGAUGAUGUGGUUCUGUUGGCUUCAUCAAGCCGUGAUCUCCAACUCUCACUGGAGCAGUUUGCAGCCGAGUGUGAAGCGGCUGGGAUGAGAACCAGCAUCUCCAAAUCUGAGACCAUGGUCCUCAGUCGGAAAAGGGUGGCGUGCCCUCUCCGAGUCGGGGAUGAGAUCUUGCCCCAAGUGGAGGAGUUCAAGUAUCUUGGGGUCUUGUUCACGAGUGAGAGAAGACUGGAAUCGGAGAUCGACAGGCGGAUGGGUGCAACGUCCGCAGUGAUGCAGACUUUUUAUUGGUCCGUUGUGGUAUAGAAGGAGCUAAGCUGAAAGGCGAAGCUCUAUAUUUACCGGUCGACCUACGUUCCUACCCUCACCUAUGGUCACGAGCUGUGGGUCGAAAGAACAAGAUCCCGGCCCGGAUACAAGCGGCCGAAAUAAGUUUCCUCUGCAGGGUGUCCGGGCUCUCCCUUAGAGAUAGGGUGAGAAGCUCGGUCAUCCGGAUGGGGCUCAGAGUCGAGCCGCUGCUCCUCCGCAUUGAGAGGAGCCAGAUGAGUUGGCUCGGAGGAUCUGAGUCGGAUACCUCCCGGACGCCUCCCUGGUCAGGUGUUCCGGGCACAUCCCACCGGGAGGAGACCCCAGGGCCGACCCAGGACACGCUGGAGAGACUACGUCUUUCGGCUGGCCUGGGAAUGCCUCGGGAUCCCCCCAGAAGAGCUGGAUGAAGUGGCUUGGGAGAGGGAAGUCUGGGCGUCCCUGCUAAAGCUACUGCCCCCACGACCCGACCUCAGAUAAGCGUUCUCGAGAAUGGGACAGCGUGGACCCUGACGUCCGCGCUCGGCUACAAAACCGCAGCGAGGACGGUGAAUUCUGGUUGUCCUUCAGCGACUUCCUGCGUGAGUUCAACAGUUUGAAAAUCUGUAACCUGACAGCCGACGCCCUCCAGAACAGCCAGAUGACGACAUGGAGCUCAUCGCUGUAUCCCGGCGAGUGGAGACGGGGCAGCACGGCCGGAGGCUGCCGGAACAAUCCUGCGACCUUUUGGCUAAAUCCGCAGUUCAAGUUGCUGCUGCGGCACCCCGACGCGCCCGGCACUUCGGAUUGCAGCUUCCUUGUGUCGCUCAUGCAGAAAGACCACAGGAAGAAGCGGCGGGAAGGCAAAAACAUGGAGACCAUCGGCUUCGCCGUCUACGAGGUUCCCGACGAGGCUAAAGGGCAGAGGGGGGUCCACUUGAAGCAGAACUUCUUCCAGACGCACGCUAUUAGCGCUCGCUCCGAAUGCUUCAUCAAGUCGAGGGAGGUCAGCAGGCGUCUGCGUCUCCCGGCCGGCGAGUACGUCAUCGUGCCGUCCACCUUUAAGCCGCACAAGGAGGCCGACUUCAUCCUGCGGGUUUUCUCCGAGAAGGCCGCCGACUCCGAGGAGCUGGAUGACGACGUGGUGGCGGAGCUUCCGAUCGAGAACUAUUUGGACGAGAGUCAGAUUGACGCCGGCUUCAAGAGUCUCUUCCGACAGCUGGCUGGUCCGGACAUGGAGAUCAGCAUCAACGAGCUGCAGACCAUCCUGAACCGCAUCACCGGCGAGCCAACAGAAAAAGACCUCAAGACGGACGGCUUCACCAAAGAGGCGUGUCGCAGCAUGAUCAACCUCAUGGACUCGGACGGCAGUGGCAAGCUGGGCUUGGUCGAGUUCAACGUGCUGUGGGAGAAGAUUCAACGCUACAUGACCAUAUUCAGGAACUAUGACCUGGACAAGUCGGGAAGCAUGAGCUCCUACGAGAUGAGGAGGGCGCUGGAGUCCGCAGGCUUCAAGCUGACCAAUCACCUGUUCCAGCUCAUCAUCCUGCGAUACGCCGAGGAAGACAUGGCCGUCGACUUUGACAACUUCGUCACAUGUCUCGUCCGCCUGGAGUCCACGUUCAAAACAUUCAAGAUCAUGGACACGGACGCAGACGGCGUCAUCGCACUCAACGUCUCCCAGUGGCUCUCCCUCACCGUGUUCGCCUAGACCCCAGCAGGCAGCCUACCCGGUGCCUUCAGAUGCCGUGACGUCAUCAAUUCAGGAUGAAGCCUAAAAGCACCAUAACCUUUGACGGUGAACUUUAUUUGACCUUUUCUAAACUUAAGACUGUUCAGUUGGUCAAUAUAUCAGUACUUUUUGCACAAAUUGCUGUUCUCUAACAAGGAGCUGAACAACAAAAAUUCACAAUGUGUUUGAUUCAUGGAACUUUCCAAGCAUAUACACUCCUAUGCCUUUCUGUGACUCUUCCAGUUGCAACCUGCUGAUGACUUCUGUGUGACACUUGAAAUGGCAAGGUACUGUUGAUGAAUUGUUAGGGGGUGUUUGGGACUUAUGAUGUCAAAAUGUUACCAGCGUAACAUCAAGCUUUGUUAAAAUACAUAUUUUAAUUGAACCAGGAACUGUAUUAACACAUGUUGUGAUGUUGCCGGCAAGUUGUGCAAAAAGGACUGAAUCAUUGAACAGUUGGACAUGUGAAUUCAAAUGUUCAGUAAAGGUCAAAUGAAGUUCACCGGGGUUUAAAGAUCAUAAUGUAUUUUAGGUUCGUCCUGAAAAUUUCCCCUUUAAAAGCCCAACAGCCCUAAUUUUUCUCAAGUGGUGUAUAUUGUUAACAACAAAUUAAUUUUAAAAUCAGAAGUCAUGGAAAAUUAUGGUAUGUAAAUAUUUAAGUGUAAAACGACUGUUCCAUUUUAGUUAAGAGGGUAUUUCGUGUAAAAAAAAAUGAAGAGUACAGAAAAAAGUGCCAUUUUGGUAAAAGAACCAACCCAUUGAUACAGAAACAUGAAGUAGACACACUUUUAAUUUAGUGGGUCGCAUAAAGUGAUGCGGCAGGCAUAUGUGGGCCCCAGUCCUUGAGUUUGACACCUGUUAGUUUAGCGUUUUGUAACCUCACCGCCAUCUCGUGCGGACCCGCGUGGGGUUCCCAUAUUCACCUUUUUGCACAUUUGCGUUAUUGUGCGUCAAGCCAAGCCCGAGACGAACAGAGUAGUUGCAGGCGUGAAGGUGUAGACACGGCUUCCAGCUAUGCUUCCUGUGCCAAACUGCUCGCCAUUUUUGGGAGCACCAAGUAUAACCGUGACAGUGAUGACAUGCAUGUGUAGCUUUUUUUUAUGGUGGAACUAAAAACACUUUUGUCACUCUGAAGAAGAACAUCCUGUUUACACGCAUUAUGAAAGCCGAUCAAUGUCACAGAGUGUGUCGUAAUAAAAACCUUUGAUGAACAUUAGAAAGAAAACAGUUGAACUCAAUCGCAUUUGUUGACGUUAAUCAGUUGUUAACUUACAAAUGAAUUACGAGGAGGAGGAACGGAACGGACCGGAAUGCGAGUUUGACCUUUGGGAGAAGGAAAGAUGGCUCAGGCGUCGCUGUUGUUGUGCUCCAUCCUGCUCCGUCCUCUGCAGGACCUCCUCGUGGUUGGCCUUCUCCUCGCUGUGUAGUCCAUCACCGCCCGGUCGGUGAUCAGCGACAGGGCGAAGACGCGCAUGCCGCAGUGGCGAGCCACGAUCACCUCGUAGACCGUGCUCAAGGGAGGCGUCACUCCAGCCGGACUCAAGUGGGACUUUUGACUUGCUUGUCUAAUAACUUGACUCUUAACGACUUGCUUGAGAUUUAGUAAGGACUCGACUUGCCACUCACGCGACUUACUCCCACCUCUGGCGAGCACUAGCAAGCGCAACUCACGCCAAACUUGGGUUGCGCGAGGCACACUUAACCUCUGCGCCAGAUGCUUCACGAAUUGCGCGCGCUCCGUUUCCUACCGAUUGUCGUUGGGUUGUUCCCAGCGAAGCCCGGAAUGGUAAGUCCCCAAAUGAUAAGUCUGGAUAAAUGCACACACAACAUAAAAACAAACCUAUGAAUAGCAGCAAGCCAUUGUUUGUGUUAUCCAAGGACAUUCCCAAGCAGGUCACUGAUGGUGUAGUGGUACACUCGCCUGACUUUGGUGCGGUCAGCGUGGGUUCAGUUCCCACUCAGUGACGGUGUGAAUGUGGGUGCGAAUGGUUGUCCGUGUCUAUAUGUGCCCUGCAACUGACUAGCGACCAGUUCAGGGUGUAGUCCGCCUUUCGGCCGAAGUCUGCUGGGAUAGGCUCCAGCGCCCCGCGACCCUAACCAGGAUAAGCGGUGUUGAAAAUGGAUGGAUAAGAUAGUUCAUGUAACUGAAAAAUACACACAGAUGGUAACAGACAAUAAUUUCCAGUGUCCUCUUCUUGCAGCUUGCCUCGUCCGUGCAGCCAGUCGCCCUGCGGGCUGUUCUCGCACUUUGCUCCCCUGACACAGUCUUUGCAAAGCUCGUAUUAGUUCGCCUGCAGCUGCGGGCUUUCUUUAAGGUGCCGAGAAUACAAUCAUCCUUGGUGCAUGAACUGUUUCUCGGUAAACAUCGAAUAGGUUAACACCUGUUAUAAAACUCUGCAAUAUAGCAGAACCGCGAAGCAAGAACCGUGCUUUAUAGCGUAGGAUUAAAGUAAAUACAAACAUAUACAGUGAAAAAUUAUUUUACAAAAAGCCUCACUGCUGUAGCGUAUGAGUUUAGCAAAAAUCUAAUUAAUUGAGGAGAAAAGAAUAAGCCGAAAGCGACGCCUGCGGUACUUUUAUUAAUUAAUUAAUUAAUUUUAAGUUUAAUUGUUGAACUCAAACUAAUUUUAUCUAGUAAAGGGGCACCACAUCACUUUUUAUGUGGAUAAAAUUUAGGAAAAGCGAAACCUUUUUAUCAGUCUCGUAAUCUAAAGGUUGCUACACGAUGAAAUGUUUUAGUUCUAGAUGACGGAGGUUUACUUAAACUCAGAACACACAAAAUAAAACCAAGAGUGGAAUUUUAUAGUAUAUUUAAUGACAUCUACAAGGGCUCUAGAGGGAAACACACAAAAGGGGUCGAACUAAAGAAAGAAAAUAACAUGAAUAAAUGAAAUAGAACAUCGUGUGUUGGACUAAAGUUGGGAACGUGAGUGUUUGCUGCCUCCAGUGUGGAUGGGAGAGAGAGAGAGAGAGGACAAAGUUGAGAUUUUGCUCGUAAUUUCCCCAAACUUAUUAGGCACUAAUAUUGUAGUCUGGCAAAAGUUUGCCAUGUCUACUCACGACCGUAGGAUCAAGCUGGGGGGUGGUGGUCUCUCUUGGGGCUCGUCUCAGGGAGCAUUGAGGCAGAUUUGGUUGAAGGAAAAAAAACGUAGAAAAGCAAAACAAACAAAAGAGGCAGAAGAUGAAAAAUGGCUGGUCGUCAUGCCUCAAAAGGGGGGGGGGGGGGAAUGACCAUGUCUCUUCCUGCCUUUUUUUUGUGGUUCCCUGGCAAAUCCAGAGCGAUCACGCUUGGCUGGAAGCGUACCUGGUACUUUUGCACCAGCUGCUCUGAUCGCCUAGCGGUGGACCACGGAAAGGCUGGGAAGCCUGGUCUCCAUUCCCAAGGCCCGCGGUUACUGUGUGCUCAAACAAAGAAAGGGCAGGGGGAGGGGCGGCCGAAGCCAGCCCGUGGCUGGCCAGAUGCCAGCAAGACAAGAGGAGAAGAAAAAAAAAACGAGAGAGCGAGAAGGCGGGAGUUAAGACUUAAAUACCCCAGAGGCGGGGCGUGGGCAGGAGGGAUUGACGACUUGGAGAAGACCACACACAUUAAGUUGCAUCUUGUCUACAAAUUUGAUAAAAUGGGUUAAAAAUCAUAUAUUAAUAUAAAAUAACCUCAACUUGGUACUCUCUUUAUUGAGAGGUCAAGCAUCUCGGACUGACUGUUUAUAUUUUAGCUUUGGCAAAUCAACUGCUUAUGGUUCAAAUCACUUUUAUGCUGCUUGGAGUCAAAUCAAGACAAACAAUUCUCAAAACCUCGCACUUGCACUUGUACAGUUAGCACUGACACAGAUAUCAAGGCAUACAUUUAGAAUAUUUCUGCAGAGUUCGUGAACUAUCAAAACAGACAUUUAUCCUUGGUUAACAUCAAAUGAGAGUCCCUCCGGUGCGACUUGCAGUUCCCCUCGACGUCUGCGGGUGUCCCAGCAAUUGUUCCUAUUCCCGGUGGCACAUUUGGGGGCCUUUGAUGCUUGGGAGUUCAGACUUUGAGGGUUGAUGUUAAUUAACGGCACUGUGAUGAGCCAGGCUAGCUAGCUAUCGUGUCACUAAGUUAAUAUUCAUCGCCUCCAUGCCAGCUUCGUCACUGGCACAAGACGGCAGCACGGAAUGUCCCUGGAGUAAAUGAGACAUCCAGAGCAGCGGAAAUGCCAGAGGGGAGCUGCCUGCGUGAUGAAGUUACCGUCGCUGAGUCACUAAUCAUCGCCUGCAUGGCGGCUUUGUUGGCAGAUUACUAUGUCCCAUCAUGUGCGGACAACAACUGUGUGCUAACAAGAAUUUUACUUGACAUUGUUGGAUCUAUCUCACCCAACACCUAUAAAAAUGCACAAAAGGAA